AUGCAAUUCGUUUCCUGUUUGUUUCGUGUUGCACUGCUUGAAAAUAGAGACGAGCCCGGGUGGGUGGGAGUACCAGUUGGAGGAGCCGCAACUACUACAAUCGACGUUGAUGCAUUCGAUGGCGCAGCGGUGGCCGUACCAUUCACAUUCGUAGCUGUCGGGAGAGCGCCACUGCUUAAGGUUCCGUUUACUACGGUUCCGUUACCUGGAGAAGGGGUGGCUGUCGCAUUGGCAUUUGUAGGAGUGCCGCUGUUCACUGUCGAAGGGGUUGGUGCGGGGGUUGCAAUGGCUGGAGAGCCUGCAGAGGUUGGAAUCGCAUUUGAGUUUGUCGGUAAGGAAACAGGGUUGUCUGGGGAAGAAGGUGGUCUGGACUGGCCAAGUACACGAUUCGCUUUUGGUCGAUUAAUGGGAGAAGCCAAAGAUACGGCUACUAGUGCAACGACCAUUGAUAAUAAUACGAACGUGUAUGAUCUCAUGUUGAAUAGUGUUUUUAUAGAAUAG